AUGGAAGAAGUAUUAACCACAGCUAAAUUAAGAAAGGGUGCCAAAGCAAAUGCAGAAAAAGUAAUCGAAAAAUUGAACAGACAAUCUGUGAACAUUCAGACACACAUCUCUGAUCUUGAAAGAAAAUAUGCACAGAAUUCUGACAGUUGGACAAAUCUUCAAUUAGAUGAACUGAAACAAGAGAUGGAUGAUCAUCGUGAAAAGUUGGAGGGUGUGAAACAACUAAUCAAUAAAGAAAACCCAAAAGCUAUUCAGAAUAUGGUGAGGCAGCAGUACAAAAAGGAUGUUGUGCAGCGACGGAUAGGGAUGAGAAAAGCAAGUACAGGUCGUCCCAAAGCAUUGGAUGAGGAAGAUGAAAAGUUCAUCCUUGAGUGCAUUGAAAACAAGGCAACUGCUCAUGUAUGUCGUCAUGACCCUGUCUUGUAUAUGAAUCACAGGGUCAAGAAAAGGGAUUUCUUAAAAUUGGCUAACUACAGCAGGCAUUCUAGAGGCUUGAAAUCAAUCAAAUCUGCAACAACUGUUUACAACAGGGCACGACCUAGAAAUCGUAGAAGCAUUCAAGUGCAAAAACAUUUGGGACUUGGAUUAUUUUGCAGCAAAAAGCCACCAAAGUUGCAAGAAAAUGACAAUCUUCUAACACAUUACCAACGUGCCUUUAAGAAAGGUAUAUUGAUGAAGCAGUGUCAUGAAUCAAAUGGUGAUGGAUUGCUAUACAAUUUAUUUAUUUCCAGAGAUGACAAAGCAUAUAUCUGCCCUGGAACAAGUACUGGUGAGUCUUACAAUAAAUUUUAUACAACGUCCAUGCAUGUGCUGUAUUUAUAAAAACUAAAUUAUAAAAAAAGUCUCAUUUAUAGCAAAUACUUUCCGCCCGACUAUAAAUAUUUAAUACAUACAAAGACCCUUCUUUAUACCAUAUCCUAUUAUUAUUAUUAUUAUUGCAAAUGUGUAUAGAUACAAAGUACUAUGGAAUAUUCUCUUAUAUUAAUUUUAAAUGUUUAAAAUAUUCUGUGAUAGUGAAAAAUCAAACUAUUUACCCUUUAUUCAUUGCUUUAUAUAUUCCAAAUUGCAGGUGUUCAGAGUGCAAGAAAUAUUCGGGUAAUCCAGCCUACAGAUGUGUCAAGACAACAUGUUUUGCCAAGGUAUGACUUCCCAAAUAGACUUGUCAAUGCUACCCCAAGUGUUAAUAGGAUCAUGAAGCUCGAUUUGCAAGAGGUUGAAGGAAGUCAAAAGAUAAAAAUUGCAAAAGAUGACACAGUGGUUUUUAACAGACCAAAGUAUUUUGUAGGAAGCAGUGGAUCAGUAUGGGCAUCUGAAUACAUGAGACUAAGAGUGGUUGAGCCAAAGUUGUUCAUGCUCGAGAUAGAAAAUCAAUUACCUGCAAAUGUUGUUUCACUACUUUUAGCAAUUUUGGAUCAGCUGAAAUAUUAUAUUCUUGGAACAAACCCAGCUGAUGUAAGCAAUAUCUCAAAUGAUUCCAGUUGUGUUCAUAGGAAGUAUGAAGUUUGUAGGGCCACAAUAGUUCAUAAAACGCUAACUACGUCCAUGUUUGGCCUUGAUAAUGAAGUUUUGACUGACCGAGUUAAAGAUGUUAAAUCCACCAUCACUGCUGUAAUAAACAGCUGCAAUCAAUUAACUGAACAGCUAAAGGAAGAAGGAGAGAAGAUUGAAAUUACAAGGACAAUUCGUUCUCCUAAUGAGAAAUGCACAGAUUGUUUACAGAAAAUUCAGACAGUUAUUCCAAAGCUUAAAUCAAGGAUUCAUGAAUUCACAGAUGCUGGACGUACCUGGUGUUGGUGUAAACAACCUUGA